AUGGCCGGCGAAGAGGGUUCCGAGCAGAAGGAAGUGACCGCGGAGGAGACUUCCUCCAGCCCCACGCAGCAGACCUCGUCCACCGACGGGGUGCGCACGCCGGAGCGGUGCACCACCGAGCCUCAGGCGGAGGCUCAGAUCGAGGAGCCGGUUUCCGAGCCUCAGGCCGAGGCCGAAGAUCAGGAAGGCUACGAUGACGAGGAAGCAGAUCUUGAUUACCAAGACGAUGCUGACUACGACGGCUACGACGACGACGGCGAGGACGAUUACGAGUAUGGGUCUGAGUCUGACUACGACUCUGAAUACGAGGACGAGGAUGAUUACGACUGGGAGUCUGAGUUUGCGAAGCACCGGCCAGUGGUCAGGGAGACGUUGUUAAACUUUCCUGAGGCCGCCAAUCUGGAACCUCAAGAGCUGGACGCCGCGGUGGAGAGGGUCCUCGAGCAGUCCAAGCCCGAGUACAGGGACGUGACCGCCCCAGGCAAGGUUCGGCUGUUGAAAAACGACAUAAGGCUGAUCUUGGCCGAGAAGUGGGAGCCCCCCAACAUCCACAAGCUUCCGUCCAUAAUAUGCCCGCUGAGAUGA